ACUGGGCUAGCUGGCAGGCUGGCUGCGAGCUCCAGGCGACGGGAUGCAGCCUGUCCGGACCCUUCACCGGAGCGGCCGGGGAGCGGCGUUGGUGACCUGGGUGCUGCUGUGUUCCUCCUGUACUCACACCCUGUCCUCCUUCACCUCGGUCGUGGAUGUGCGGCGGAGCGCCCCGAACCUGGACCAAGGCGACCUGUCCGAACUGCUGGGUAAAAACAUCUUUAUUCUGCAGAGUGAGCACCUCGACACGUGUAUAAAUGUGGAAGGCCAGGAUCUUCGACUCGAUGACUGCAGCCAGCCCUCAAGAAGCAUGCUGUGGAAAUGGGUCUCUAAGCAUAGACUUUUCCACUUAGUCAGCAGCUCAUGUCUUGGACUCGAAAUCAAUGAUCAACAGCGGCCUUUAAAGUUGUUUAGCUGUGAUUCAGCAACGGGGAUACUGCAGUGGCAUUGCACUGGUAAGGUGCUAGCCGGUGCCUCCAAGUACAAGUUAGCCGUUGGACAAGGUCAUCGUGUUGUGGCAGAGAGGACCAUCUACGACAGAUGGAGAAGGUACAUGACGCAAGAUGAAGGUCCAUGUAAGCAUCUUUAUGAAGAAAUCCACACUGUGCUGGGAACCUCCAGAGGAAUGCCUUGUGCUCUGCCAUUUAAAUAUAAUAAUAAAUGGUACCAUGAGUGUACAGAUGAAGGUAGGGAAGAUAAACUACUGUGGUGUGCGACCACCAGCAAUUACGAUGUUGAUGAACAAUGGGGAUUUUGCCCAAACUUGGACACAGGAUGCGAUUUGCUCUGGGAGAAAGAUCCUGUUUCACAGACUUGCUAUCAGUUUGAUCUCUUUGCUCUGCAGUCUUGGAAUGUGGCACGUGCUUCAUGUAAGGCACAAGGCGGAGACUUGUUGGCUAUCAGGGAUCAUGAGCAGCAGGAGUACCUAAAAAAGCGGCUACAAAAUGUUGGAAUUCUGGCGUGGAUAGGGUUAAAUCACUUGGACGAAGAUUCUGGAUGGCAGUGGGCAGACAGAGCACCGUUGAGCUUUGUAAAUUGGGAUGCAGAGCAGUCCCCAGUACCUUUGUUUGAAACACACCAUUGUGGGACACUAAAUUCUAAAUUAGGCUUCAGUUGGAGCAGAGCCGUAUGUGAGACAGCGCUGCCCUAUAUUUGUGAGAAAACAUUGAACUCAUCAAGAAAAGUCAAUCCCUUCGAGUUCUGGCAAUAUAGAGCUACACGCUGUGAGCCAGACUGGCUUUCUCACAAUGGCUUCUGCUACAAGAUACACAAGGAGAUUCAGGGCUGGAAGGAUGCACUGGCCUCCUGUCGCGAAAACGGAAGUGAACUCGUCGGUGUCCAUUCCUUGGCAGACGUGGGGAGCCUCAUGAAGUUAUUUAUGAAUGAAACUGUGUCAGAGGUGUGGACUGGACUAUACAAUAACAGAACCCCUGCUGAAUUUACGUGGUCUGAGGAAUCACCUGUAACGUUCACUUACUGGCACAAGAAUGAACCAAACUUUCCAUACAGCACCAGAGAACACUGCGUAUCAUUGCAGACAAUUAAUGGCCAGUGGAAAGUUAAAGACUGUCAGGAGAAAAUGUGGAGCAUCUGUAAGAAACCAGGAAAAGUGGAACAGCAAGGAAAAGAUAAAGGCUGUCUUGAGGAAUGGAAAAGAUAUGACGACUCGUGCUAUCACAUUGACACUUACCUGCAAACAUUCGACGAAGCUUCAAAGGGAUACCUUUGUACACUCGCCAGCAUUGAGAACAGAUUUGAACAUGCUUUCAUUGAUAGUUUGAUCAGCAAUUUCGCCAGAGAAAAAAAUAAAUACUUCUGGAUCGGUCUUCAGGAUAGGAAUCGCACAGGCGAAUAUACAUGGUUAACAACAAACAAUCAGAAAAUACCGGUUACUUUCACAAAUUGGAAUAAGGAUCAACCAGCAUAUUCAGGUGGUUGUGUGGCAUUAGUAAGAGAGAAAUCUCAUAUACUUUGGGAAGUUAAAGAUUGUAAAACCUUCAAGGCCUUACCUCUAUGUGAGGACAAAGUAGCAUCAAGUGUAAAAGUGGACACCUUCCCUGAUCCAACCAUGAAGGCAAACAACAAAUGUCACUUUGGAUGGGAGUCAAGAUCAGACCUUCACAACUGCUUUAAGGUAUUUCAUCGUGAGAAAGUGUUAAGAAAGAGAACUUGGGAAGAAGCAGAGCAGUUUUGUCAAGCAUUUGGAGCACAUCUUGCCAGUUUUAACCAUUACAGUGAGGAGGUUUUUCUGAAUGAAAUUUUGGGAUGGAUGUUUGCCAGGGAAGAUGAAAGAUGGUUUUGGAUUGGCUUUAACAAAAGGAAUCCCACUUCAGCUGGCUCCUGGAAAUGGAGUGAUGGCAGCUCAGUUGUGUCUCUGUUUUCGCUGGACAAAGAUAAAAAUGACGACCUCAGAAUCUGCGCUGCUUACAGAUUUGAUAAAACCCUUGCACCUUUUCAGUGUGAUGAGAAGCUGGGAUGGGUUUGCAAAAUGCCAAAAGGAACUGAACUGAAAAAAGCAGACUGGUAUGUUGACGAAGAACAGCUGGCAUUUGCACCUUGGUUCUUCUUUCAAGGAGCGGAGUAUUUGUUCUUUGAAACCGAAGGCAAGUGGCUGGCAGCGGUUGUAGCCUGCAGCCUGAUGGGAAGCAACUUGGUUUCCAUAACGACCCAGAAAGAACAGAACUUCAUUCAAAACAGGAUGUCAAGGCUCUUAGCAAAUGGGCAUGAAAAGUGGUGGAUUGGGUUAUACGCAGAAAAUCCCAAAACUGGAUUCCGCUGGACAGAUGAUUCACCUUUGUAUUACAACAACUGGGAUGUCAACUAUCCGAGCCUUUUACACAAGCGUAGUGGCAGAUGCGUUUAUCUGUCAGCAAAAACAGGGCGAUGGGGUGACAGCAAGUGCUUUCUGUCUCUUCCUUUCAUCUGUAAACGUCACAAUAUAUCACUCGUAGAGGUUCCAACGGUCGAUCGUUACCUGCCCGACAUCUCGUGCCCAAAAGGAUGGCUUUAUUUUGAAAAUAAGUGUUUCCUGGUUUAUGUACCAAAGGACAAGAGACAACUAAAGCAUUGGUAUUCCUCUCAAAUGUUUUGUACAAUACAUGGAGGCAACCUCGCUACAAUAGAAAAUGAGAUAGAACAAGCGUUUUUAACCAUCCAGCUCCUGGAAAGAUCAACUAGUGUGUGGAUAGGUCUGCACAGUGAUAACUUUGAACGAUGGGUGAAUGGGAAGCCUGUGAAGUAUACAAACUGGUUACCCAAUGAGCCAGCGCGAGAUGCUGCAGAUCCUUAUGAUCCCACUUCCGAACACAAUAACAGCCCUGUUUUACAAGAGGAGGCAAAAAGGUGUGCGUUAUUGUCUAACAGUCAUGCUCAUCAUUCUACAGGGAGGUGGUACACAAGCAUUUGCAAUACAAAUCGGUAUGGUUUUGUUUGUCAGAAAGCUCCAGAUACAUCCAUCCAUAAUAUCAAUAAAUCGUCUGUAUAUCAGAUUCCUGAUACAUUUGCGUACGGCAAUUACACAUACAAGCUACUUAAGAAGAACGUAACUUGGUAUGAAGCAUUAAACGAAUGCAAACUGAGAGAGGCUGAACUGGUCAGCAUCACCGAUCAAUAUCACCAAGCUUUCCUCACUGUCAUCGUGAAUACACUGGCACAUUCUCAUUGGAUUGGACUCUCCAGCCAAGAUGAUGGCCACAGCUUUGCUUGGUCAGAUGGUAGUGCUGUCGUUUUCACACAAUGGAGUGCAGAACGUCCUCAUUCCUCUCACGAUUGUGGAUACAUGGACACAAAGGGCUACUGGAGGACCGCUGACUGUGAAACUCGACUCCAGGGAGCUGUUUGCCAGGUUUUAGAAACUGCAACAUUAAAUCCACCUGCACACAAAGCAGAGUGCCCUAACCUUGACGAAGGUUUGCCCUGGAUUCCGUUUCGAGGCAAUUGUUACCUUUUCGAUUUGGUUUUAUACAAUUCUUCAAGCUUGACAAUGGAAGAAGCGAAAGACAUUUGCGGAAACCUGGCUGCAAAAUCUUUCAUUUUACACAUUAAUGAUGAAGAGGAGAACAAUUUCAUUCUUCAACAAGUAAAGCUGUACAGCCACAUUGCAAAUGUAAUCUGGCUGGGUAUUAUGUUUGACAACAAUGAUAACACACUGAAAUGGUUGGAUGGCACCCCGAUAACAUAUUCAAACUGGGGUGCAGAAGAACCUAAUGCACAUCAUCUCUCCAUUGAUUUCUGUGCUGGCAUGAGAUCAACAGAUGGUACAUGGUUUCUGACCAACUGUGCAGAGAGCCUUGCAGCGGUUUGUCAAACAGAUUUGAGUGGAAACGCUUACAUUCCAAAACAACAUGAAUACCAAAUUGGAAAUACUACAGUGCUCACCACAGUGCUGGCAUUACUGGUAACUCUGGUCAUUGUCGUGGGCGCAGUUGGUGCUUGGUAUCUAUGGAGACGGAAUCGGCCUUCAUUGCGGUUUGCAGGAAAUGCUUACUAUAGACAAUCUGCCCCAGAAGUUACUGAUGACGAUGGAAAUAUUCUAAUUUCUGCAUUUGAAAAGAAUGGUGGAAAUUAAUCAAGUGAGGUUAUGGCAUCUAUAUUUACAAAAAAAGUCUUGUUGGAUUAUGACAGACAUAAAUGUUCAACAAUUGGUCGUUUAAUCAUAAGUAUGUUGAAAUCAUUGUUAUACAAUGUGAAUUCAAUUUUCUGCACAUUGUGCAUUCAGUACAUGAAUUAUAUUCUUGCUAAUAUUUUCUAGACUAAGUAGAGUGCCUAUUUUUAUACAGUACUUCUAUUAUUAGUUAUACCAAGUUAUCAUUGAAUUGGUCGAAACAGCAUGGAAACAGGCCCUUCGACCAACAGUCUGCCCCGACCAUGGAUCUCCCUUUCACACUAGUUCUAUGUUAUCUCCUUUUCCCAUCCACUCUGUACACACUAGGGGCAAUUUA